CGGGGGGCGGGGUCCGGCCCUGAAAGCGGCCCCCCCCGGAGCGAGGGGCCCUUCCGCCGCGCCCCUCCUUUCCAUGGACGCUGCUGUCCCCCCCAGCACAUCCUCCCAGUCGGAGGGGGCGCCCCAUGACUGAGCCCUGGGGCAGGAUUGCAGAAUUUCAGGAUGUCCUUGGGGAUCCCAAGAUUGUCCUGCAGAAGCUCCGUGAACUCUGCUUUAGUGGGAUUCCUUUUGAUGGUGGGCUGCGCUGCCUCUGCUGGAAGAUCCUCUUGAACUACCUCCCCGUGGAGAAAGCCUUAUGGAGCACCUUGCUGAAGAAGCAGAGGGAGCUGUAUUCCCAAUUCCUGAAGGAAAUGAUUAUUCAGCCUGGGAUAGCCAAAGCCAAUCUUGGUGUCUCCAGGGAGGAUGUGACCUUAGAGGACCAUCCACUCAAUCCGAACCCAGACAGCCGGUGGAACACUUACUUCAAGGACAACGAAGUGCUGCUGCAGAUAGACAAGGAUGUCAGGAGGCUGUACCCUGAUAUGGCAUUCUUCCAGCGCCCGACCGACUACCCCUGCUUGCUAAUCCUGGACCCCCAGAAUGAGUUUGAGACUCUCCGCAAGCGGGUGGAACAGACAACACUCAAGUCACAGACAGUGGCACGAAACCGGAGUGGAGUCACAAAUGUGAGUUCCCCUCUUAAAACAUCUGCUCCGAAUUCAUUGAGUGAGUAUGAAGUUCUGCCUAAUGGCUGCGAAGCUCACUGGGAAGUGGUAGAACGAAUCCUGUUCAUCUACGCCAAGCUGAAUCCUGGGAUCGCAUAUGUCCAGGGGAUGAAUGAAAUAGUGGGGCCUCUUUAUUAUACCUUUGCUACAGAUCCCAACGGUGACUGGAAAGAACAUGCAGAAGCAGAUACAUUUUUCUGCUUCACCAACCUAAUGGCCGAGAUCCGGGAUAACUUCAUUAAGAGCCUGGAUGAUUCUCAGUGUGGCAUCACCUACAAGAUGGAGAAGGUUUACUCCACCCUGAAGGAGAAGGAUGUGGAGCUGUACUUGAAACUGCAAGAGCAGAACAUCAAGCCCCAGUUCUUUGCCUUCCGUUGGCUGACACUGCUGCUGUCCCAAGAGUUCCUGUUGCCAGACGUUAUCCGUAUCUGGGACUCUCUCUUUGCCGAUGACAACCGCUUUGAUUUUCUACUGCUUGUCUGUUGCGCCAUGUUGACACUAAUCCGAGAUCAAUUACUGGAAGGGGACUUCACUCUGAACAUGAGGCUGCUACAGCAUUAUGGAAGCAUGUGCUCAUGCACAAGAACUUCUGCGUUUGGGGAAGGGACGUGCUGGGACCAGUGGGAUUUUGGUGAGUAUAGCGAGAACGUCUCCAUGAAAAUACAACAUGUCACUUUGAUGUCAUGCAUCCUGCUGGUUUGAGUAGCUGCUGGAUUUUGUUCCUUUGUCUGCAUCUUACCAUCUCUUUUGAGUGCACAAAAAAAGGUCCAUUUUCCUUCUGGUGAGUGGCAGGUGAGGAUUCAAACCAGCAGAGUCUCUUCCAUGGGAAAGAGACUUUAAAAAGCUGGCAUGGGAGAAUACUGUUGCCAUUGGCUGUCUUGUGCAGUGUGAUUAUUUGCUCUCUGGUAGAGUCUGCCCCAGGAUUGCCUUAUCAAGGAAUUGUCUCCUUGGUGCUGACUUUACUUGGAAGUUGGAACUAGAUAUGUUUUUUUAAUCAGUGUAGUUCAAAUAAGUCAAAGCAGCCUUAUGUUACUCACAGCCUUAGAGCAGGGUCCCUGCUGCUGCUAAGACUGCACGUCUUGAGCUGUGUUCAGUGCUGCUGCUAUGGCCCAUGCUUUACCCUCAUUCAAAGGCAGGAUAUCUAACUUCAAGCAGGCUCAUGAAGUACAAAGGGAGAGGCCUCCAGUCCUGUUCUGCAAUCAUGGGUGUCUUCAUAGGAGACUCAUUAAUGAGGAUAAUGAUGGUUUCGCCCUUACACUGAGUUUUUGUAUAAUAUUACCCAGAACACUCCAAGCCUUCUGUCCAAACCUGGAUAAGCUCUAGUCAUGUAAUCUUCAUGUUAUCCUGUGUACUCUUUGCUGGGAAGUGACUCAAACUCACAGAUCAGUUUAACAUCAAGCCAAUCUCUGGAUGUGAUCUACUGGAGCAAUUCAGUGAGAAUACCUGGUCCCUUGCGAGAGUCCCGUUCCCUAUGGGCAGUUCCUAAAGAAGGGAGAGCCAUUUGCUGUGGGGAUGGUAAUACAGAAGGGGAUAUUUAUUAAUGUACUCCAUUCAGAUACAAAGGAUCUGGCCAGGUCUGCAUAGAUUGAGAUUAGUAUAGGGUAACCUGUAGCCUGCAAGUGGCGCUGGAAUGAUUGAAACUCCUGACCCAUAGUUCGAGUCAAGGUGA